CAGUCGGGUAGCGAUCUUGCCAGUGAACCGUACGCGCGGCGCACACGUGCCCGUACCUAAACCACGCCGCUCUGCUCUCGGUGCCUUUGCCCGCUUCCCAUAUUAUGUAAUACAAAAAUAAACUGCGACUCAGUAAGCGGAGCACGUGUGCGCACCGGCUGUCGUACGUCGCCGUCCAUCCAUCCAACAUUCAGCCAACAAUCGUGACAUCAAUCAUUCUUACCUAUCUACAAACCCGUAUCGCAUCAAUUACCUGACGAUUCGCUAGAUUCUCAAUUAGCUCUAGUUGAGUGCAUCGUUAUCUGGACCUGUGAAUUGUUUGGAUCUUGUAUCUUCUUGGUGUUUUUUGUGUUGUGUGUAAAUUGUAAUCAAGUGCAAUGUCCAACUCCGUGGAGCAACAGUUUGGCGAGCUAAGUCUGUCCCAAGACGAGCAUGAUCAAAUGUACGAACAGGAAGAUCAUCAGGACAGCCGGUCGUCAAAAGUGCUGAUCAGUGGGCUGCCCCUGCACGUUCGGUUCGACAACAUCGAGCCUCUGCUCUCACAGUACGGCAACGUGCAGCACUGCGACAAAGCCAUCUCGCGCGAUGCGAACACCCAAGCGGUGUACAUCACCUUUGAAACCCCUGAACAGGCACAGCAGGCUAUUAAUCUCCUGAACGGAUUCGAGCUGGAGGGCAGCCGCAUGAAGGUGGAGCCGGCCGAGGGCCCGGCGCGCGGGGGCCGGCGUGGCAGGCCUGGCGGCGGCCGCGGCGGCGGCGUACCAGGCACCGGCUCGCGCCCCACCGACUUCCCGCUACGCCUGCUCGUGCAGAGCGACAUGGUGGGCGCCAUCAUCGGCCGCCAGGGCAGCACCAUCCGCCUCAUCACGCAGCAGAGCCGCGCCCGCGUCGACGUGCACCGAAAGGACAAUGUCGGCUCCUCCGAGAAGGCGAUCACCAUCUACGGCAACCCCGAGAACUGCACCAAUGCGUGCAAGCGCAUCCUAGAAGUUAUGCAGCAGGAGGCCAACAACACUAACAAGGGUGAGAUCUGCUUGAAGAUCCUCGCUCAUAACAACUUGAUCGGCCGCAUCAUCGGCAAGGGUGGCAACACGAUCAAGCGUAUCAUGCAGGAGACCGACACCAAGAUUACAGUGUCGUCCAUUAACGACAUCAACAGCUUCAACCUGGAGCGCAUCAUCACCGUCAAGGGCACCAUCGAGAACAUGGCUAAGGCGGAGUCGCAGAUCUCUGCCAAGCUCCGGCAGAGUUACGAGAACGAUCUGCAGGUGCUGGCGCCGCAGAGCAUAAUGUUCCCCGGGCUGCACCCGAUGGCGAUGAUGUCGACGCGCGGUUACUGCGGCGCGCCGCCUCCCUUCCCGCCGCCGAUCUACGCGCCGCUGUCCGGCCAGGGCGGCGCGCAGCAGGGCGCCGGCGACUCACAGGAGACCACAUACCUUUACAUCCCGAACAACGCGGUUGGCGCGAUCAUCGGCACCAAGGGCUCGCACAUUCGCAACAUAAUCCGCUUCAGUAACGCGUCCGUAAAGAUCGCGCCCUUGGAGCAGGACAAGGGUGAGGGCGCCGGUGUGGGCGUCGGCGUCGGCGUGGGCGUGGGUGUGGGCGCCGGACCGGGCGCGGGCGCAGGCGCCGGUGCGGGCGCCGCGGCUGCUCAGCAGGAGAGGAAGGUCACCAUCGUGGGAAGCCCUGAGGCGCAGUGGAAGGCGCAGUACUUGAUUUUCGAGAAGAUGCGCGAGGAGGGCUUCAUGUCCGGCUCGGACGACGUGCGGCUGACUGUGGAGAUCGUGGUGGCGUCGUCGCAGGUGGGGCGCAUCAUCGGCAAGGGCGGGCAGAACGUGCGCGAGCUGCAGCGCGUGACCGGCUCGCUGAUCAAGCUGCCGGAGCAGCCGCAGCCGGCCAACGCGGCGCACGACCACGAGACCACCGUGCACAUCGUUGGCCCGUUCUACAGCGUGCAGUCGGCGCAGCGGCGCAUCCGCGCGAUGGUGGCGCAGGCCAGCGCGCCGGGCCGCCACCGCCGCGCCGCGCAGCCGCCGCCGCAGUAGGCCGCACCCGCCGCCACCCGCCGCCACCCGCCGGGGCCCGCCGUAUCCGUUGUAGCGCCGACAGAUAACUAGACCCCGCCCGCCUGUCGCUCCUCGCGCACGGACCGACGAUAGCGCCGACUGACGCCAGUAGUAUUUCACCUGUCUUGUAGCGUACGCAUUAUUUGUUUCCAUACCCGUUCAGUAUUGAUCGGUCGACCCGACUCACACGUUUUAUAAUAGUUCCGCUAGCGUGCGAGAUGAAUUUAUGUACUGGUCAACAGUUGGUGUCUAUUUAUGUUUAAUGGAUGGUAUCUAUAGAAUGUAUCUAUAAUUGAUUUAUAACUUACUCAUUUACAGUAUAUUUAGUAGCAAUUAAAGAUAGAUGUUAUAGACUGGUCGUCUACCAAACUUUGUAAUCCAAUCUAUUUACAAUUAUCUUUGUAAAAGUCAAUGUUUUUUAAGUCAUCAAUUUUGGCCAGUUAUGUUGCCGGUAUUGUUAUUGUAGAUAGAUUGAGUAGAGAGAUUGGUACUUACUCGGUUUUCACAUGCAGUGUCUCAUUUUGAUUGUGACUGACUGAAUAUUGAUUUUUUUUCUAGGGAUAAAAGAUAAUGUAACAAUUAUUCAUAAACAAAAUGAGUCAAUGUCCAAGUGGGAACUGAGCUUACGUGUAAUCCUUUGGUAUUAAAAACACGCAAGUGUACAAAUUAAUUUAAAACGGUUGAUGUGAAGUUAUUCCAUCAGACUUGAGAACAGUAUUGCAAAAAUUUCAUCUUUUUUUAAAUAGUUGCAAUGUAUACUUAAAAAAUGUCAAUAUUCCAUUUCAACCACCGUUUCGAAAGCUUAUUCGGACCUACAAAUCGAUCACUGCGAAGGUUCUAGUUAUUUGGCGCGCAUAUACCAAGUGCACACCUUCAAUACAUGUUCCUCGUUUGCUAGGACGGUCGCGUGCGAUCCCGCGGGAGCUGAUUUUUAUUUUGUCCUCAAUUUAAAUUGUAUAAUUUUCCCUAUUAAUAAUUAUUAGAUUCCUUCCUCAAGCGCCGACGUGCUCGCCUGUGGAUCGCACCGAUUUGACUCGCAUUUAUAAAACUAUCAGAUUUAAACAGAUGUUUUUUAAGUGUAGAAUAUAAUUGUAUAGGUAACUUGCGUAAAAUCUAGUUAGGAUUUAAAAUCGUACGUAACUUCGGAUACGUCGGCCCUACUGUAACUUUUUAAUAUCGUAAAGCUAUGUCCCUACCGCGCUGAUAUUUUUGUAUUCGCCCAGGCGUCUCCACCGCCGGUGGGGACACACCUUUACAUUAUAUGUCUAUAUUAUACAUAUAUCUGUUUAGAAGUUGUGAAUUCUAUAACUGACGAUAUAAGACCGGAGCGCGCGCUUGUAAAUAGCAAGGAGUCCUCUCGCUCGUUGUUGAUCGAUGUAUUAACUAUUAAACUAGUAGUAAAUAAAUAUUAAUCUUUCCGCAAUUAUACAUGUUGAAGACUAUUAUAUAUAACUAUAUAUAUUUUUCAUAUACAAUUAUUUUUCAUAUAAACAGUUGACCCAAUGAGAUAUAUAAUUGUUAGAUUGUUUUCUUACCGUUAAUAUAUAUCCGAUGGUUACAUUGCAAUAGUUAUCCAUAUUAAGUUCUUAUACAAGUGUUAAGUAGACAAUGCAAUUAUACAGACGUGUAUUUUGUUUCGUUAUUGAGAUAGAUUAAUCUGUUACAUAAGAUACAUACGGUGUGUGGGUUGUAACAACUCGGGACGGAUGAGUCGCAGCACUGAGGCUCGCUACGGAGCGUGGCGAGGACGCUCCGCCGGUUCGCUUUACCUGGCCGCUACACAUAUACGUUCCACUCGAUAUUGAUUGUUGGACGUUGACUGCUGGUUUACGAUUUAUUUGUAUAAGUGACAUUUGUUGAUCGUUUUCUUUAUAAUUUUGUUAGCUUUAUAACGGUUUUUUGUGUCGUCGCGUUAACAGGGCACUCGGCCGCGCCGCGCGCUUGCAGCGCCAGGCCGCACGGCCGCACGGCCGCACGGCCGCACGGUCGCUGCGGCCGCACGGUCGCUGCGGCCGCUGCAGGCGCGCCCACGCGCCCCGCGCUUGAUGCGACUCUAGUAUUUGUGUUAUUAUUGUGCCAAGGGAGAUAUAUUGUGAGAUUAAGAUUUAAGUGAAUGAUAUCAAAAUUGGAAAGCUUAGAUGUUUAUAUUUAUGAAUGUGAUAAUAAUAUAUGGAAGUUGUGGAACUGGAUGUUUCACGUUCUAGUUUCGAUCUUGUCAUCUUAAGUAAGUUAGUGUAUAUUAGUUAGGUGGCAGCAAGCUCCGGACACGAAACCAGCUCUCCGAGUAGUUAACGGGACUUGCCCGCUCCGCUACACCUACUUGUGCCGAUUGCCUUUCACAGAGACGCUGUUGAAUUUUAUGAUAAUGUUUCAAUUUGAAUAAUUUAAUUAUAUUAUUGCAUACAAUAGCUUAUUCCGGAAAUAAACUAUUAUAUUAGUAAUCCUUAUUUCAAUUUAUUUAUAUAAUAAACAAUUUAUUAUUAUAAUAAUUAAUAAUUUAUAAGGUAUCUCUGUGAAAUGCAAUCGUCACCCUGAAAGCGCCGAUCUCGCUGUAUCAAACCACUUCCAAAUAUUAUUAAUAAAUCUCGCAAUUGGACUACGAAAACUACCGUUCCACUGCGCUUGGGUAAUAAAGUGGGUUUCUUAAAAGUAUUCAACGAUUUGUAUUACGAUGUAUCGGUAUAUUCUCAAACUAACUUUAUGAAGCGGGCAGCCCGCGUACCCAGGCGCAGGGCCAUGUAUAACCACGUGAUCAACUGAUCGAUCUGGUCAGUCACACCCAGACGUGUUGACGGAAGGCGCGCGCCUGCUCCGACGGCGCGACAAUCGUACUCCGCUACGAGUGCGAAUCACAUCUCUGCGAUUAUACACACGCUCCGCAUUGACGGUCAACGUUGCCGUGCCUACCGUAAAUCAUGUAACAAAUAAUGAUAACUAUAAAGUUUGUUAUAUUUUACGUGUUGAACGAGCGCAACGUUGACUUGCAAUGAAAUCUAAGAGCCAGCGCGCACGAGCAACUUUGUCUCCGCAACUAUUUUGUCUCUCCCAUCUCAUCCACGCAAUUGUAUGGGGAGUUGCGUCGCUACGUGCGCGCACUUUCAUACUAGCCCAUGGGUGGGAGAGACAAAAUAGUUGCGGAGACAAAGUUGCUCGUGCGCACUGGCUCUUAAGUAUGAUAUGAAUAAAAUUUAUAUGAAAUCGGAAUCGGAUGAAGAUCGGUACAAAUCACAAAUAAGCAGCGCGUUGCCCGUUGAGUUUUUUUUUUCUAUUUUUUGCUUUUUGUUAUAUUAAUAACUCAAUUGUGUCGUGGUCCGAUCGGGCCGCUCGGGGCUCAAUGGGUUAAAUUGUGUAUGCGGCGGGCACGCGUUGUGGAAUAACGAAUAUAAGUUGUAAGAAGGGGGUGGCCGUCAGUUCUUAUUGGAAGUCCCGGCUAGCUUAUGUCGAUAAGCUUCGGUCGCAUGACGCGCGCGUUCCCUUCUGGCAUGUGCACGUUUUGAUUACAUUGUUUGAUUUCGCUGGCUCAUUCAUCAUCGUGUACAAUCGGUAUCAAGUACUUGUGUACAUUUUUUUUUAACAUUUGAUUGGUCCUAAUUAAAAAUCAUCGGUGCAAGUCAAUUUGACAAUAAAUACAUUUUAUAAAUCUUCUGUAUAAGGUAGAGAUUUUUCACAACGAAUUCUGACGAGCCAGCGCUUUCACGCCGGACAAAAUUGUUGUAACUACGUUCCAUACAACCUGUAUUCGUUUUUCCUCGAUUAGUAUUAGUACAAAGAUGCGUACUUAAAUUAUAACAGCAGUGUUCCGUUCGGCCGAAACGUCGGCUAAUUACUUGACACACAUUCCAUAAUGUAUUUUUAUAUUCGUCAUGGUGUCACUCUCCUCGGAGACCGGGCGUCAUCAGCGGGCAGGACCCGAACUGCACCACUCCGACAAUAUGAGACGCAUAACCUCCAGACCCGAAACGUUCACACAUUUAAUUAUUAUCAGCACGAUAUAGUUUCUUUCGACCACCGAUUACUACUUCGCGAGGUGUUUAAUUUAAUUUUAAGUGAUUUGGUGAAAGUUUUCGUUUUCGAGGCAGAGGUUUAUGUCGG